ACGGGUGGGUAUUUGUAAUUUUUAUGCUGAGCUAGCUAUUAGCCUACUGGCCUUGGGACCUGGUAACUUCAUGUAACUUUGACUCUCAAUCAAAUGUGUAUUUAUCUCCGGAUCCAUACCAUAUGGAAGAUCCAGAAAUUUAUCUGAGGAAACAUCAUGUCCUAACAUACAUAGAGGAUGCCGUCUCGUUCAUUCUGGAGCGUAAAGACGAAGACGCAAAGACUAAACCCUUCGAAUUGCUCGCAGAAUAUUUUAAGAGUAUUAAAGCGGGAACUCAUAUCCUUUUCCGUGAAUAUGCUUUCGUUUGUGCAACUCCCCACAAUAGGGUAUCAUUUGUAAAGCUUUUUUCGCAAAGUUACACAGAAAUAGCAGCAAAAAAUGAAUUGAUGAGAGUGGCUGAUUACCUGUCUCUAUUGCGAUUACUGUGCCACGAUUUUCCAGUGUCUACAGUUCAAAAAAUUGGUCAAGUUCUAUUCACGCAGAAUGCAAUGGAUAAUUUGGUUUCUUUCCCGGAUUUCCUCUACACAUUUCAGACACUGUUCUACUAUGAACAUUUUCUUAGUUUGUGUGAACUGAUAUUCAUGAAUGGAGCGGAUACUCCACGCACUUCCUAUGGAAGCAGUACAGUGGUUGUUUCAAUGCCUAGUGCAACAGAACAAGACAGCAUUAGUAGACCUACUACUUCUGAAGGAGAGAGAACUUCGCAGAUCAUAAGCGACACAUUUCAGACUGAGCCAAGUGGGAAGAAGUUGGACUCAGAUACUUUUGUGACAGCUGCAGUCAGUCUUGUGCAAAGAUUGCAAGUUAAGGAACCUUGGGAGCGUUGUCCAGCUAUAGAUACUUUGUACGAAGUCAUGCAAGGCAUUAAAUCGCUGUCGUUCUUUGAUUUUGUCUUGUCUUUGGCAAAAAGUGAAGCAGUUAAUUCUGAGAUUGGAGUAUUACCACUAAAGAUUAAGACAAAGUCUUCACCUGACAAGACUUGAUAUAUACGAUUAUGAAUUCUAUAGCUAGAAUACCCAAUGUUAUCGGUAUAAUUAUGUAUUUAGGUCAUUUUUCACCACAACAAUAUUAUUGUGCAGAGAUAAAACAGAAGUUAACACUGACACUGA